GGCGGCGGCGAGGGUCGCCCCAGCCGGGCGGGCGGGGUCGCGCAAGGUGGCGGUCCCCGCGUCCAGGCGCCGCUAGGGCGGGCGGGGGGACGGGACGCCGGGCCGGGGGCGCGUCAUGUGGUCGCUCACGGUCCCGCCGCCGCUGCCGCUGCUGCUGCUGUGUUCAGGCCUCGCCGGACAGACCCUCUUCCAAAGCCCAGAGGAAGGCUGGCAGCUGUACACCUCAGCCCAGGCCCCCGACGGGAAAUGCAUCUGCACAGCUGUGAUCCCGGCACAGAGCACCUGCUCCCGCGAUGGCCGGAGCCGGGAGUUGCGGCAGCUGAUGGAGAAGGUCCAGAACGUCUCCCAGUCCAUGGAGGUCCUUGAGUUGCGGACGUACCGUGACCUCCAGUACGUGCGCAGCAUGGAGACCCUCAUGCGAAGCCUGGACGCACGACUCCGGGCGGCUGAUGGGUCCCUCUCGGCCAAGAGCUUCCAGGAGCUGAAGGACAGGAUGUCGGAGCUGUUGCCCUUGAGCUCAGUCCUGGAGCAGUACAAGGCGGACACUCGCACCAUCCUGCACCUGCGGGAGGAGGUGAGGAAUCUCUCCAGCAGCCUUGCAGCCAUCCAGGAGGAGAUGGGCGCCUACGGAUACGAGGACCUGCAGCAGCGGGUGAUGGCCCUGGAGGCCCGGCUCCAUGCCUGCGCCCAGAAGCUGGGCUGUGGGAAGCUGACUGGGGUCAGUAACCCCAUCACCAUUCGGGCCAUGGGGUCCCGCUUCGGCUCCUGGAUGACCGACACGAUGGCCCCCAGUGCGGAUACCCGGGUCUGGUACAUGGAUGGCUAUUACAAGGGCCGGCGGGUCCUGGAGUUCCGCACUCUGGGGGACUUCAUCAAGGGCCAGAACUUUAUCCAGCACCUGCUGCCUCAGCCGUGGGCAGGCACCGGCCACGUGGUGUACAACGGCUCCCUGUUCUACAACAAGUACCAGAGCAACGUGGUAGUCAAGUACCACUUCCGCUCGCGCUCCGUGCUGGUGCAGAGGAGCCUCCCGGGGGCCGGCUACAACAACACCUUCCCCUACUCCUGGGGCGGCUUCUCGGACAUGGACUUCAUGGUGGACGAGAGCGGGCUCUGGGCCGUGUACACCACCAACCAGAACGCGGGCAACAUCGUGGUCAGCCGGCUGGACCCGCACACCCUCGAGGUCGUGCGCUCCUGGGACACCGGCUACCCGAAGCGCAGCGCGGGGGAGGCCUUCAUGAUCUGCGGCGUGCUCUACGUGACCAACUCGCACCUGGCCGGGGCCAAGGUCUACUUCGCCUACUUCACCAACACGUCCAGUUACGAGUACACGGACGUGCCCUUCCACAACCAGUACUCCCACAUCUCCAUGCUGGAUUACAACCCCCGGGAGCGGGCCCUCUACACCUGGAACAACGGCCACCAGGUGCUCUACAAUGUCACCCUCUUCCACGUCAUCAGCACCGCGGGGGACCCCUAGCGGCCGCGGGAGCUCAGGCUGCCGCCCGAGGGCCGCGGGGGGCGGGGCGGGGGGCCCUUCGACUCCGCCCGCCCGGGUCCCUUUAGCUUUCUGUCUCUCUGUCCGGCCCUUUCUCCCCUCUCCUCUCCAUUUUUUUCUCUCCCUCCCUUUUUGCCGGGCUAUCCUUCUCUGCCCCUGUAUUUCUACUAGUGCAUUCUCUGUCUUUUCUCCUCUGUUGGUCUCUGAUUUUGAUACUUCACUCUUUCGGCCUUUUUAUUGAUGUCCCUCUGUCUCUUUCUUUUCAUGGAUCUGACUCUCCAGUUCUUUCCCUGUCUGCCACUCAGUCUCUCUUCUCUCCUUCCCCUCCCUCCUUGCUUCCCACCCAUCUCCCCAGGCCCUCCCUCCAAGCCCCCUCCUGCCCUUCAAGGAGUUGAGUGCAUGGAUCGGUUUCUUUUUUUAUUUACACUCUUUCUUUCCAGGUUGCUGGAAUAAACGGGACCUUUGACAUUUGA